GAAACAAAGACACCCUCCAGAUGGCGGAGACGACAGAGAACAAGUAUGCUAUUCACGAGGCGGCUAGGGAGGGCAGAACUCAAGCAGUCGAGUCACUUCUCAGUGCGAACCCUAGACUUGCCAAACUCGCGGACCUAGACGAACGACUGCCUAUCCACUGGGCCUGCGCAUUCAAUCGGCUUGACGUCGUGAAAAUCCUAGCAUCGACGCGCUCUUUCGACCCCGACGUUCAAGACGGUUCUGGAUGGACGCCGCUGGCCAUUGCAUCAAGUCUGAAAGAUAACAGCGGCGAAGCAAUUGUCGAGCUAUUGUUGUCGAAGGAAGCCGAUCCAAAAGUUCCCACAAAUUCGGGUGCCACAGCGCUACAUUUCGCAACGUCAAAGGGAAACCUGGAGAUUUGCAAGACGCUAUUGAAACACGGUGCAUCCGCGAGAUCCAAGGACAAACGAGGACAACUACCCUUGCAUCGGGCCGCUGCAAUAGGUAGCGUCCCUAUCGUGAAACUGCUGCUUGAGCAUAAGAGCCCGAUCAACGCAACAGAUGCGGACGGAAUGACAUCCUUGCAUCACGCCAUCAGUGAGGGCAACGGGGACGUGGCGGUCGAACUGCUCAAAGCCGGCGCGGAGAUUGACAAGAGAGAUGCUGACGGAAGACUGGCGAUCGAAUGUGCGCCCGACGGGAAAGUACGGUCAUACAUUAUCAAGGCUGCGGAAAGAGAAGGUCUGGAAUUCGAGUGAAAUUGCACAGAUGACGCUCAAAUUACAAAAGGUCGUGCACGCAACAUAUCAGGAUUUCCCCAUGGUAUCUGCCAGCUGCCGAUACAUCUGCUUCACAUCCAGGAUAUCAGCCUUGAGCUCCUCCACCUGCUCACUCUUCUCGCCCAGAAGCUCGAGAGUAGUCCGAUGCCGUUGACUCAGACCCUCGUGAUCUUUCUCGAGAGCCCUUAAGCGAUCGUCGAUCUUUCGCUUCUCUUCGACUUCGCGCAUGAGACUGACGACCUCCUGUCUGGCCUCGUCCCGUUGGGUGGCGAGUCUAGCAAGCUCAUCUUUGGUCGCAGCUUUCUCGCUCUCAAGCCGACGGACAUUGGCCGACAUUCUCUCGACCAGUUGAACAGAAGGACCGGCUCCGACAGUGGAUGUAGAGAUCAGGUCGUUGACACCACGAUGAGAAUGGUGGCUGAUUGAAUGUGGUGUCGGAGGGACAUUGGCAAAGAAGUCAUCCGCAUCAUUAGAAGUCACCACGGAUGGUGUUUCGACGAUGGACCCAUUCGCCAUGGCUUUGAAAGAAGCCGUCGAUUGGUGACGAGGAGGAGUGUUCCAGUCGAAGGACUGCAUCAUGGAGGAUUUUCGGCUGGUCGGUCUGUCAUACUGGACCGGACUCAGCAAAUGGCCGAUAUCCAGACCUAGGUUCGAGGCUUUGCGUAUAGAAGUGCCCGGCGAUUCUGUACGUUGAAUCUGUAAAGUCGCUGUCCACUUCGCCUUUUCUUCCUCUAGCUUGCGUUGGAGCUCCCUCUCGG